AUGCAUACUAAGGUCCCCGUUCGAGUUGAUGGAAGAUUUAGGUUGGGAGACAUUUUGGGAUCUGGUUCAUAUGCUGUUGUGUAUCGUGCACGGAACAUCAUCAAGGAGGAUGCAGUUGCCAUCAAGCUUGAACCCAUCAGCCACUCAUCUUCCAUGCAAUGCGAAUACAAAGUUUUGAAACACCUUGAAGGUGGUGUUGGUAUUCCCCGUGUCCAUUGGUUUGGUAGGGAGUCGACAUAUCACGCUCUGGUUCUCGACCUCCUUGGGCCAUCACUACAUGACCUAUUCCUUACCCACAACAACAAAUUCAGCCUUGAAACUGUUGUGAAUCUGGGAGACCAGCUGCUUUCACAUCUCAAAUAUAUUCACUCACAUCGUUAUGUUCACGGUGAUAUAAAACCGCAGAAUGUCGUUGUGGGGCUUGGUGAUUUGAGUGACACCAUCUUUCUUAUUGAUUUUGGGAUCACAAAGGAGUUCUGGAACACGUCAAACAAUGUCCACAUUCCAUUUCACCAAGGUCAACGUCUCGCUGGCACUCCUGCAUUUGCUUCGGUCAACAAUCACUUGGGAGGUUCCCUUCCGUGGUUAACUAGCAACAAAGACAAACUUUGCAGCUCUUCAAUACUCGAACGUAAAGUCAACACUACCAUUGAAGAUCUAUGUCAGGGAAUUCCUGUCGAGUUUGCAACGAUUCUCAUUUACACACGCUCUCUUGCAUUCUCAGAGGAUCCCGAUUAUAACCAUCUUCGUUCAUUGCUUCACAUACUUCAUUCAUCAUCUGCACCAGCUGCGUGCUUGCUGGAUUUCAACCAGCCUGAUGCACCUAUCACACAUUCCCCUCCAUUCUCACAUUCUCCCUGGUUAAUUGAGGCAGUGCCUCCAUGUCCGCCACUUCGCAGAUCGACUCGGAUUUUGCGCCCACAUAAUGGCCCCCCUGCAUGCAGCUACUUCUACUCCGCGCCGGAAAAAGACUAG